AUGAAGUUCUCAGUUGCUACUAUCAUUUCUCUGGCCACCUCGGUCUUGGCCAUGCCGCAGGCUUCGCCUAGCGGUGGUGCCCUGGCUCCCAAGGACGGUCCUCCUCCUUCUUGCCAGACCUCGUAUGAGGGUAACUUUGGCAUCACGGUCGUUGAACUCGGCAAGCGCAGCCUGGAAACCCGCACCAACUGCGGCCAGAAGGGAUCUCUGGACCUCACUCUCAAGAACGGCGUCCUCACUGAUUCUCAGGGCCGUAUUGGUUCCAUCGUCGCCAACUACCAGUUCCAGUUCGACGGUCCUCCUCAGGUUGAUGCGAUUUACACCUCUGGAUUCUCGGUCUGCUCCAACGGUUCUCUUGCUCUCGGUGGCUCGACCACUUUCUACCGCUGCCUGUCGGGUAACUUUUACAACCUCUACGACCGCCACUGGGCUGAGCAAUGCUCUCCCAUCCACCUUUCCGUCCUCCCCUGCGGCGAGAACGCUCCCAUCCCGUCUGGCGGCAACGUCGUCGGCACCACCAUGGUCGCCACGGCGCUCGUUACUGUCAUCGAGGAUGGCCAGCCCCAGGUCAUUCCCACCACCAUUCCCAUUCCCAUCUGCCAGAUUGGCGACGGCCAGAUCCAGGGUCACACCACUCCUUGUGGCGAGAUCCCUCCAGUCACCAAGACUCGCCCCCCUGCCCCUCCCGCCAGCCAGCCUCCCUAUACCCCUCCUGUCACGGUCGUCCCUCCUCCUGUCACCACGCCGGCUGUCCCUCCGCCUGUUCAGACCCCGCCGGUUCAGACGCCGUCUCGGCCUCCCACCCCGCCUGCCAACACGUCUGUGCCGAUCAGACCGCCCGCCAGCACGACUCCUGUGGCGCCGCCGGUCGCAGCCGGUCAGCAGAUGGUUCCCGCGACCUUCAUGGCGGUCGUUGCAGGGCUGAUGGCCGUUCUGUACAUGAUCUAA